AACGUCAUCACGCAGUGUGCUUGGCCACGCCCCUACCCUUGUUUUGUAAACGUUCGGGUAGGAAAUCUUAUCGUUGACUGAGGAUCCGCGGUGUUUACAGUGGUUACAGUGUUCACUGGAUACACAGAGCUGCAGGCAUGACAGCCAAACGAGGUCUCAUCACUGACACAUUUAAAGUAGUGAAGAAGGCGAGGAAAGAUGACAAAAGAAACAAGAGACCUCCUUCACCACCUGCUGCAGAUCCAGAACCUCCUCGCCCCAGUAAAAGAGAAAUUGAUCUGCAGGAACUGAGAAAGUUUGACCUGGACUGGCGUUUUGGGCCAUGCACAGGGAUCAGCCGAUUACAAAGAUGGGAGAGGGCAGCACUGCAUGGGCUGGACCCCCCACAUGAGAUUAAAGAUAUACUGCUGACGGAGAGCGUGGACCCAGAGUACACACAUAGCCUCUGGCGGGAUUACCCAUUGUAAAGAAAGAUGCCUGAAGAGAAAAAAGAAGAUUGUGAGAGUGGAUGAUUGUUGAUUGUUUAUGAUCAUGAUUGA